AUGUCCCACGUCGGGGUAAAACAAAAAAAGGGGACGACCGUAGAGUCCCCCUCCGAAAAGCCUUCAAUCAACCAACACUCUGACGACGACAUUGAGAUGGAUGAUGAGACUAGCUCCGAUGAAGAUGAUUACCCUGAAAAGGACGAGUCUGAGAAGACGCUGGAGCGCAUGCUGUUCGGUGAUGAUGAGGGGUUCAUGGGCGCAUUGAAAAGUCAGCAGAAGCGGGCUGAUGGCAUGCAGCUCACUCUACACAGCGACGAGGAUGAAAGUGCCGAUGAGAACGAUGAUAAUGUCAAUGUUGAAGACAUGGCAGAUGCAGAUCUCUUCUUCCUCGACUCCGGCGCUGCUCCCGAAACUACUGGUCUCAUUCCCUCCCCGGGGACACCAUCUGAUGAAGAGGAUGAGGAAUCUGCCCCCGCGGUCUGGCAUGAUAGUGACGAUGAGCGUCUUGCCGUAUCACUCAGUAGCCAGGCUAGGCUGCGCAAGCUGCGUGUCACAGAUUCAGAGGACAUUGUCAGUGGCAAGGAAUAUGUUCGACGAUUGCGCAAACAGUUUCAGCGCAUGCACCCCACUCCCGAUUGGGCAAAUCCCGAGUUAGCUGCUAAGCGUCGCAAGACGGACUCGGACUCCGAUGCUAGUGACGAAGAAAUGGAUUCCGAUGAGGAGGAGCAAUUAUCCAUGCAGCCAUUGGCUAAGCUGCUUCAAAACUCUACGGAUCUCACUCGUGUUGACGAUAAUGCUCGUUCCGGCGGAAAGCGCAAACUCCGACAGGAAGUUUUGGAUAUUCAACGUCUUAAGGAUGUUGGCAAGACGCAACCGUCUGCUGUCGACUCACUCACUUUCCACCCUCACUACCCACUUCUGCUCUCCUCGGGACCUGCAUCAACUCUCUUCUUGCAUCAUAUUUCCCCCUCAGCACCCGCUCCGAACCCUCUUCUAACCUCCAUGCACAUCAAACGCACCCCAAUCCACACAUCCGCCUUCGCCCCACCUACAGGUAACAAGAUCUUUGCCUCCGGCCGACGACGAUACUUCCAUAUCUGGGAUCUAGACACCGGAAAGGUGGACAAGGUCAACGGCUCCGCAGACAGAAAAGAAGAACAAAAGACAAUGGAGCGUUUCAAGCUCUCCCCCUGCGGUCGCUACGUCGGUGUAAUCGGCACCUCCCGCAAAGGCGGGGGUCUCAUCAACGUCCUCGACUCCGGAACUGCGCAAUGGGUUGCCCAAAUCCGCGUCGAUGGCCGUGGCGGUGUCGCCGAUUUCGCCUGGUGGUCUGAUGGCGAGGGAAUGACUGUUGCCAGUAAAAAUGGUGAAGUCUCAGAGUGGGAUGGGCGUCUUCGUCGCGUUGUCGCUCGUUGGCUGGAUGCUGGUGCCAUUGGUACUACUGUUCUCUCUCUGGGUGGUCGUUCCGGCCGCUCUCAACUUGGUGGUGAUCGCUGGGUUGCAAUUGGUAGUUCAAGUGGUAUUGUUAACGUCUAUGAUCGUCGUGAAUGGGCUUCUGCGUACGCGAAUGCUUCCCAGACUGAGAAGGAUGGUCCCUCGCAGGCUGGUAUCCCGCGUAACCCGACACCUGUCCGGGCAUUGGACCAGCUUACCACCCCGAUUAGCCAUUUGGUCUUUGCGCCUGAUGGACAAAUGUUGGUUAUGGGUAGUCGUUGGAAGCGCGAUGCGCUGAGACUUGUUCAUCUUCCUUCUUGCACGGUUUACCGCAAUUGGCCAACUUCGAAUACGCCAUUGGGUCGGAUCUCUUCCGUGGCUAUCUCGCCGAACUCCGAACAGUUGGCUGUCGGUAAUGAGCAGGGCCGUAUUCGACUGUGGGAGAUUCGUGGGUAA